UAAUGGAGAACAAUAGUAAUAAAGGUGGCUAAGCAUCUUGAAUCCACGUCGCUCACUCCUGGGAAAGACUUCGGGAUCUGGACAUUUUUCAGGGCCCUUUCCGUAUUUCCGGCGCAGCCGCGGGCUAAUUCUCUUCGGCUCAAUUUCAUAGAUUGUAAAAUGUAGAGAAUGGGCGUCUUUGCUAGGCCGGACCUUCCUUCUCAGGAUCGUUGAGUGCUACUCAGAAAAUGGAGUCCAGGCUACUUUGUGAACCCCAAAGUAAUGUAAAAAUGGUGGUGUUGUUGAAAAUUGGAUUUAGAAGCACCGGGAGUGGAAAGCCUAAGUAUAUUGAGGGUUUGAGAGAACACAGGUGAAUCAGGUAAUUCUCUUCUCGUUCGUUGACUAAAUUCUUAUUUGCUUAGGUUGGGGCACUGGGGAUACAUCCAGAGAACCAGCUAGACAAGGCCUCUGCCUUCCUAGAAUUGGGGAUGGAGAUGAACAGACAAUUAGAUGAUUUCGGACAAUGGCAAAUUCCAGAGAAGAAAUGAAACUGGAUUAUUAAAGAAGGCAUGAGGAGACGAAUUUACAUUAGGUGAUCAGAGAAGGCCUCUGUAAAGAAGUUAUGUUUGAACGGAGGAACCGAAGGAAGGCAGGAGGAUAGAAAAUGAGAACCACAAGUGUAAAGUCCCAGGAGGAAAAGCUUUUGGUGUGAUUGAGAACAGACCAGUUGUUGGCUGGAGAUUGUUUGGGACUACUUCGUUCUUUCCAUUAUUCCACUCUAUUUUCAGGCUGAAGUCUAUGAAAUAUGACAAAGGUAACAAUAAAUCUUCAACUUAACAAUAAAAAAGAAAGUCAAGGAAAAUAUAGCCAUCAAAUGAAUUGCUGAUGAGUAUAUGACUUGAGAGAAAAGCCUCAGAAAAUCACAGGUGCAAAUCCUUUGUCAGCCCCUUAUAUUCAUCUUCACGUGAUCAAGUAUUUGCUGAGCCCCAGGAAUACUCCAGGAACUAGGUGCUAGACUGGGAAUACAGAGAUGAUUAAAAUACUGAUCUAUGUCCUCAAGUAUAUGUGAUUGUGGUUCUAUGCAGUUCUGUUUUCUUCCUCUCACCACCCAUACAUAUGCAUACAUAUAUGCAUAUAUACAUAUACAAAAUGUUUUAAGCAAAAGCUGAAGCAAAAGCUAAUUAGUGUGUUGGUUAACAGUGCCAACAUUUAUUAGCUGUGUGACUUUGGGUACCACGUACGCAGACUUCUCGGCCAGAAUCUCCAGGGAUGACCAGCCCCUCCCCACGCAUCCAGAUAAUCUCCACCGACUCUGCAGUAGCCUCACCUCAGCGCAUUCAGAUUGUAACAGACCAGCAGACAGGACAGAAGAUCCAGAUAGUCACCGCAGUGGACGCCUCCGGAUCCCCCAAGCAGCAGUUCAUCUUGACCAGCCCAGAUGGAGCUGGAACUGGGAAGGUGAUCCUGGCUUCCCCGGAGACAUCCAGUGCCAAGCAGCUCAUAUUCACCACCUCAGACAACCUCGUCCCUGGCAGGAUCCAGAUUGUCACAGACUCUGCUUCUGUGGAGCGUUUGCUGGGGAAGGCUGAUGUCCAGCGGCCCCAGGUGGUAGAGUACUGUGUGGUCUGUGGAGACAAAGCCUCUGGCCGUCACUAUGGGGCUGUCAGUUGUGAAGGUUGCAAAGGUUUCUUCAAAAGGAGUGUAAGGAAAAAUUUGACCUAUAGCUGCCGGAGCAACCAAGACUGCAUCAUCAAUAAGCACCACCGGAACCGCUGUCAGUUUUGCCGGCUGAAGAAAUGCUUAGAGAUGGGCAUGAAAAUGGAAUCUGUACAGAGUGAACGGAAGCCUUUUGAUGUGCAGCGGGAGAAACCAAGCAAUUGUGCUGCUUCAACUGAGAAAAUCUAUAUCCGGAAGGACCUGAGAAGUCCUCUGAUUGCCACUCCCACAUUUGUGGCAGAUAAAGAUGGAGCAAGACAAACAAGUCUUCUUGAUCCAGGGAUGCUUGUGAACAUCCAGCAACCUUUGAUACGUGAGGAUGGUACUGUUCUCCUGGCCACAGACUCCAAGGCUGAAACAAGCCAGGGAGCUCUGGGCACACUGGCAAACGUAGUAACCUCCCUUGCCAACCUAAGUGAAUCCCUUAACAAUGGUGACACUUCGGAAAUGCAGCCGGAGGACCAGUCUGCAAGUGAGAUUACUCGGGCAUUUGAUACCUUAGCUAAAGCACUUAAUACCACAGACAGCUCCUCGCCUCCAAGCCUGGCAGAUGGGAUAGACACCAGUGGAGGUGGUAGCAUCCAUGUCAUCAGCAGAGACCAGUCCACACCCAUCAUUGAGGUUGAAGGCCCUCUCCUUUCAGACACUCACGUCACAUUUAAGCUAACGAUGCCCAGCCCAAUGCCAGAGUACCUCAAUGUGCACUACAUCUGCGAGUCUGCGUCCCGUCUGCUUUUCCUCUCCAUGCACUGGGCCAGGUCAAUCCCAGCUUUUCAGGCACUUGGGCAGGACUGCAACACCAGCCUGGUGCGGGCCUGCUGGAAUGAGCUCUUCACCCUCGGCCUGGCCCAGUGUGCCCAGGUCAUGAGUCUGUCCACUAUCCUGGCAGCCAUCGUCAACCACCUGCAGAACAGCAUCCAGGAAGAUAAACUUUCUGGCGACCGGAUAAAGCAAGUCAUGGAGCACAUCUGGAAGCUUCAGGAGUUCUGUAACAGUAUGGCAAAGCUGGAUAUAGACGGCUAUGAGUAUGCAUACCUUAAAGCUAUAGUUCUCUUCAGCCCCGAUCAUCCAGGUUUGACUAGCACAAGCCAGAUUGAAAAAUUCCAAGAAAAGGCACAGAUGGAGUUGCAGGACUAUGUUCAGAAAACCUACUCGGAAGACACCUACCGAUUGGCCCGGAUUCUCGUCCGCCUGCCGGCACUCAGGCUGAUGAGCUCCAACAUAACAGAAGAACUUUUUUUUACUGGUCUCAUUGGCAAUGUUUCGAUAGACAGCAUAAUCCCCUACAUCCUCAAGAUGGAGACAGCAGAGUACAAUGGCCAGAUCACCGGAGCCAGUCUAUAGUGCACACCACACACCUGCUGAGGAGCAAAAGUGUCCUCCCGGGACCGCUCAGAGACAAAGAAAAUGAAGUAGUAGUAUUUUGGUAUGUGCAAAUAUUUCCAGUAUGUUCAUCAUUUCCUAUCCGGUUCCUUCAUAUCUGUUAAUCCCAGGCAAUAGCAACUAAAAGACUAGUAGGAUCCUUUCCUGCCAUAAGGAAUGUUUUAAUGCCUUUUGAUUAAGCAGCAGAUUUUGGAACAAUCUUUUAACUCAAUUUAUAUUUAGAAAUUCUCAAAGGGCAAAAAACAAAGUUUUAUAAUGUCAGAGACUAGUAUAAAAACUAAAAGAACCUAAGAGAACAGUAUGUGUGUGUAUAUGUUAAGAAUGUCCUUGGAAUUAAUAGCUACUAAUUACCAGGGUAAUAAUAUUAGCACUUUCUAAGCACUUAUCGACACGUAAUGUUAGCAACAUCUUGUCUGUGUGCAGGGCAAAUGGAAAACUGUAUACAUCUUUUGCCGAAAUGCUAAUAAUUUCUGUGAAAAUGCAAUAGGGUACAGGAGACAAUCAUUUACGUUUAAGAAAAGGCAUCAUUCCUAAAUGUAUGCACACUUUGGUGGUAUUGAACUAAAUUCCUGUGAGCAAAUGAAAAUGUGGCUUAUCUGUAGCAUGCGGAAAGUGGGAGUGUACUAGCACAGUUGGUGGUGACCCAAACCAAAAGCUUCCUCAGUCAUAGAACUGGUGCUUAUCAGGUUCCCUGACCUCUGGUCCUGGUCUGUGAUAGGCAUUCGCAGGCUUCUCCAAACCUGGGGCGUCUUUGGAUGGCUGGUUCUCAGAAUUGGAUUACAACCAGUCAGACAUUAAUUGCCAAUUCCUGCAGCAAUUGACAACAUCCCCAAAUCACCACUACCACCACUAUGGCAGAUGGAGCCUUCUGACCAAAAAGUGCAAGCUGGGCAUUUUGAAUCCUUGACAGUAGUACUUCCUGAAUACAAUCUGGGGUGGCUGUAGUUUUCAGAUGGAGGAACGUGGCCUCCCUGGAAUGUGAGGGCUCCCCUCUGGGGUUUCUACUCCCAGUGCCCCUUGAGAAGGGCCUGUGUUCCUGCAGUUCAGUACUACUAUGGGGGUAUGUGUACAGGAUCUUGCUGCCUGGGUAGGGCAGUGGGGGUGAAGCUGAAUGGAAGGGUUCUCUGUUGACCUUAAAUUUUAUCAGGGUUUUUCAGAAUGUCUCCAGACUCGGCAUCACUGUUGGCAAGUCUUUCAAUGGUACUGGCCCACCGUGCACUUUGAUUCCCCUAGGUGUGUGCCAGCAAACAAACCCUGGAGCAUUUAGAUGAUGAAUGCAGAAGCGGGCUGCCUGCUCCUUAAAAAAAUAACCCUUAACCCAAUUAUCUUCUUUCUCGUAACUUGUAGCAACCAUCAUUUACAAGAACAGAAUAUGGUUAUAAGAAAGUUCUGUCUAGAGAAGAGCACCCAUAAAUUCCCAUGGAUGUGAGUUGCAGUGGGCAUUUCCUUUGGGAAAAGUGGUAUGCCCAACACUGAGUCAAAUACUUUGCAUUUUCUUUUUGUGUAGCCCAGAAAAUAAGAAACUAUAAUGUAAGGUUAAGCUUGCAUCUGUUAAAUCUUUUGAUCAGAUGGUAUCCAAAAAGAUCCCAGUGCACUCCUUGCCUUCCAGGCACUCCCUGGUCUGGCUCGGGCCCUCGGUCAAGGUGGGCACUUAAUGAGAUGUGCAUGGGUGUUGGGCAAGUUGGCCCAUAGGCUUACGGCAAAAUGGGAUGCUUUAUUCUGAAGUGUUAGCAGCACUUUAUGAAAGUCAUUAGUGAGAAUUAAGUGGGGACAGUCUCUUCAAUUCUAAUUCCACUUUGGAUUUAAUUGUCAUUUAUAGUUCAUGCCUUGGAGAAUAGUAAUGGUGCCCAUUAUAAAAUGAUGGAAAGGAUAAUUUUACCAGCUUAAAUUUUUGGCUUUCUAACUUUGAAGUGAUUUAAAUUUCAAAAUUGAAGACAAAAAACUGACCAAGACAAUGGAGUUAGAGCAGGUCUGUAUCAUUUCUGCUUGUGAAGGGUUUUAGCCAAGGGCAUUUUGAAGCAUGUUCAUAUAUCUUACACAGUGAAUUGUCCGUUUUUCUCUUCUUUGAUUUUUAAAUGUAAGCGUGUCUAUUGAUCACAGAAUGGCUCCCUGGAAAUAUAUAUUGUCACAUCUUCCAUUUUGGAGUUCUCAGUGUUGGUGAAAAGAUCCACACUGGCCAGCUCCCUCAUUCCCAGAGGCAGGCCCUGGGAGUCCUGAUCUAUUAGGCUUUUAGAUUCUGGUUGCCUUAGGAUAUUGAGGCAGCUUAGCCAAGACCUAGGCUGCAGUCCUGACAAAGCCACUGUUUAGAUAUUUUGGGAAGAGAAGGCGAUAACUAGCAGGACGACAGUGAACACUUACAUAGGGAAGUGCCACACUCUUAGUAAGAUAGCCCUUGAAAAAAGUCAGUUUAGCUUAGGAAGUUGCUGUUUCUAACCUGGUCCUUUUCCUUGAGUCCCUUCACUGGUGAUGGCUGGUUUCAGUGGACCAUUUGGGGUUUGCACACUCCUUAGUUUCCCAGAUCCUCUUGGCCUUACUCUGAAGUGGCCUGUUUCUUAAGGAUCUGGUCCACACAACCUGAAUUCUCGUUGCCCCAAAUCAUUUCAAGCUUUUUAUAGCAGGCCUAUUCCAUCUCUUGUCAAACUGACUAAAAGUAGUAAGCUCAAGGUCAAGAAUUAUUUAAAGGGAUCCCAAACAGAUAUUUGGGCUCAACUUCCACAAAGCUUUCAAACUCUAGAUUUAGUGAAGUAGACCAGCCCUCUGCCUGCUGAAUCUGAGUGAAAUAAGGCAGGAGGAUUCUUUGCCAUUGUAACCUUUUCACACAUACCCUUCUGCUGGCCUAGCCAGUCCUCCCCCUCAGUGAGGAGAGGUACACUGGCUACAGGAGGUGGGGACAGACAUACACAGUCACUUUGUGAUGAAGUGGGCUCUCUUCCAGUGGUAUCUCAGAUAAUAUUGGAUAGUUAUGUGUUGUUGAAAUUUGUGGAGUUCCUUACAUAUAAUCAUAAAAUAGGACAGGAAGAGACUUAGAAAAAGACCAAAUUACUCAUGCAAAUAACUUUCCAAGUUAUUCCUGGAAAGUAUUUUUAAGGCAGUAUGUUACCGCCCUUCUAAUUUGAGAUUUUUGUGUGUUUAUUGGGGAUUACAUUAUUUAUUGUCUAAUCUCUAUGGUUGGGAUUCUUUUCUUGUUUGGGUUUUAUAUUUAAUUUCAGGUAUAGUCACUUGUAAGAUAUGUAAUAUCCCUCAAGAGGGAUUUUCUAGCUUGUCAUUGUCAGUAUUAAAUGUGGACUCUGUUUUGAGGCAGUUGCCACCAGUCAUGGUGAUAGCAAUGGACAUGUCUGCUCGGGGCUCCCCAAAUGCAACUCACUCACUAGAGCUUGCUUAGCAGUUUUGCUUGUUUUGGGGACAGCCAUAGCAGGGAGCCAAGAAUUAGAAGGGCUCUGGCUGUAUCUAGUGCUUUUAUUCUGGGAAAACCACAUCCUAUCCUUGGGGGUAGUUUCCAGCAGAGCAGUCUCACUCCCUGCCUGCCCAGCAGCCCUUGGCUGUGGACCCAGGUUUAGUGACCUGGUUAGAUUAGAGUCUGGAAGCACAUGGCCGCCUUUCCAGUGGAAAUGGCCUUAUGUGCAGUGGGGCUAUAGGUAUCAUUUCAACUCUUCUCUGAGCCCAGGUCAUGAAAAGUGUCAUCUGACAUUCACCUUUAUCUUGGGAGGUCAGUGCCCUUUAGAUCCUGGAAAGGUCUCAGCAGGCAGGGCAAAUGACCCAUGCUUUUGUCCCAUUUCCAUUCCCUAGAUUGUGUAGCUCUUUGAAAAUAUUUUAACUUUGAUGUGAAUUUGUAAUUGAGACAGAAUGGAUUUGGGUCUCUUGUACACAGGGCUUUGGACCUCCCCGUGUGCCUCCCACCAGCGUUGCACAACUGCGUGUCCAGCCCUGAGCUCCCCUCAGCACAUUGUGCGUGUACAGAUUAUAGACUUGUAUGACUGAAUGAAUGUACAUGUGUUUAUAUCUUCUAUAUAUGUACAGUGUAUAUAUAUAGUGUGUGUGUGUACAUAGAUGUAUAUUAUGUAUACAGACAUGUAGCCACGUAUCCAAACUCUCCUUAUGUUUUAAAGAGAAUCUAUAAUAAGAGUUGCUAAAGUAAAUUGAUGUGGGUGUUCCAAGGUCCCUCAGCAGGAUGGAUUUGCUGAGAUUUUAACUCCAUUUUCCUUUGGGUGAGUCUGGCUGGGAAAGGCCAUGAAGUCAGAAUCUCUACUUUGUACCAGGGAAAGUUACAGACAGAAAGGUCCUGACAGGAUAGCAUUGCUGUGUAUUCUCUAGGGUGAGACAAGACCUAGGAAGCUGGAAGACUGUUCAUCUUAAUGUCCAAAAAACUAGGUGGGGAUCUUUAUCCUGGUUGCUGCACACCUCUUUAUGGCCUAACUGGAAGGAACUUGGUAGCUUGAGCUGUUGGCCUUCCCAGAGACUCACUGUCCUGUGGUCAGUUUCAGAACGGUCUGUGUCAAUGGGCCCUGGCUCCCAGUGUGGUAGCAAUGUCCCUACUUGCUCUGGACUUAAGUCAGUUGGCACUGCACUGUGACUAACAAAUUCCCAUCUCUCUAAUGCCAGUUGGGGAAAAAAAACCCAUCUACUAAGUAUUCUUUAAAAAUAAGCAUAAUUGUUGUUGGCUAACUUUAUGGCAUAUUUUAAGUUAUAAAUCUUAAAUUACUUCAACUAUAGCAUGCGAAUAAAAAUCCACUGACUUUCUCUAAAUUAUGAUUUUAAAAUUUUAGAUUAAAAUUGUAUUUUAACAUGGAUAUGCAUGCCCUUAAAGCUACAGAUGCCAAAUUUUCCUUGUCCAGGUCUACUCUGGUGAAUUUUUCCCCUAAAUCGGGCUUUAAACUGAUACACGGCACUCGGGAGCCAGGCCUCAGCCCAGCUGUAGUUGCUCGUGGACCUGGUAAGCACAGGGGGCCUGACUGGUGGGAAGGUUGAAAGCUAGUCUGCUGAAAGAGAUCACUGGAUAACUGCAAAAACAUAACGCACAGGUUGCUGCUUGUUUUUUGUUUUGUUUUUUUAAUCUAUUGAAAUGUUAGAAAACAUUUCAUUAAGACCAUAGUACUCAGUGCCUUUUGUGAGACUGGGCCAUUCAGCCUCCAGCUUCCCCAUCUGUGAUGUAAAGAAGCUUCUGCUGCUUCACUGGCCUCCCAGCAGUGAUUGUCACCUUUCCCAUGUCCUUGCCUAUUGUGACAAUCACUAUUGAAGGUAGCUUUCGGGUUCAAAUAAUACAAAUGGAAGCUUGACAGUCUCUAAAUGAAUCUUUAAAAUAAUUUUCCUUUGGGGCUAUGUGUAUUAGCAGCAAUCUGAAAAUAAACUGAGUUUUAAAAAAUAUCUUGGGGUAAAGAAUGUCUGAGAUAUUUUUAAUGCCCAGCUAUACUUUCUAUUGAGCCAAUAAUUUGGGGGGGGUCUCAAAAUGUCUGCUAUAUACAAUAGGGAAAAAGGGGUAUAAAAAAUAAAUGCUGAAAAAAUGCUCAGCAACAUUUAUCAAUUGACAGACUGAUAAAGCUUAAUAUUUGGGUAACAUUUGGAAGUAGACUUUACAUAAAAAAUAAAUGGCUUUUCUCUAGGAAAGUAUAAUCAGUUGUCAUUUUAACAACCAGAGCAUUCAUGGACUCAAAUGCUGCUGCCACAUACAACUCAAGUGCUGGAAUAUUUUUCUAUAUCCUCCCAAUUAUCUUGUAAACCAGUGUUCAACUAGUUUUAUAACUGAAAAGCUGCACAUUUUUCAUAGUACAAACCAUAGUUUUUACCUGUAGUUUGGGACUGUUAAAAUGUAGCUAAGUAUUACCAGCCCUUUUAAAAGAUGUCUGUUAAAGGAAAACUUGGGUGUUAGAUUUUCUUGGGACCGUUUCUGUAACCUCUGCCCUCCCCAGUAUAGAAAAUAUUGUUUAUGCCAUUACAUUUUAAUUCCAGGUUUAAAACCUGUUGAAAGCUAUAGCUUGAAAUCAGCUUUAUGUGAUGGCAUUUAAAAAACAGCAUGUUCUUUUUAAAUUGAAUUUUAUAUCUAAUCAAUGUCUUCAGUCUUGAAGAAGAAUUUGCAUUGUUGUGUUUGUAUAUAGAGUAUUGCAGUGCAUGAAUUAGCUUUAUGCAUUUUAUUAAAUGCUGUUUCAAUGUGGCAUUAUUGUUGUGGCUUAAUACUACUACCUAAAUGAGGUUUAUACUAUUAAAAGUUAAUUAAAGACUAA